AUGUUGAGAAGACAGGAAACAACUCAAUUCCUACAAUUUGGUUUGGGGCUUGCUUGAAAGAAAAAACGUGAAAAGGCCACGUAUUGAAAGGUUAAAAAAUGGCAGAUGCAAAGCCUGCAAAGGUAGAAAAGAAAAAAGUAAAGAAAGAGAAAAAGGAAUCAGCUGUAACCACACCUAAAGCUGCUCCACCUAAACCCCGAGAAUAUGUAAAACCAGGAAGGUUAUAUUGUAAAGCUGUUUUUGUUGGCUACAAAAGAGGCUUGAGAAAUCAACACGAGAAUACUUCUCUUCUAAAAAUUGAUGGUGUUGUUACAAGAAAAGAAACUGCCUAUUAUUUAGGUAAAAAAUGCGUGUUUGUCUACAGAGCCAAAAAUAAAACAAAAGUACCAGGGAAAAAGGACAAGUACACAAAACUAAGGGCCAUUUGGGGCAAAGUGACUCGUCCACAUGGUAACAGUGGUGUUGUUAGAGCGAAGUUCAGGAGUAAUCUUCCUGCUAAAGCAAUGGGUCGAAGAAUUCGUGUAAUGAUGUAUCCAUCUAGAAUUUAAGACUUCUGAAUAAAACGUUUAAUUAUAUUUGUAA